AUGACCGAAGACAAGGGUGGCAACAAGCGCAGUGACGGCAACGAGCCGCACCAGCACCAGGCCGGCUCGACAACGCACCGCGAGGAAGACCAGUGGAAGUACCGGCCGCCCUACCGGAUACACGAGCCGGGCGACCAGUUCGAGGUCAAGUGGAGGGGCAAGUGCCACUGCGGCGCGGUGCAGUACGAGCUCAGCCGCGAGAAGCCGCUGGCAUCAAAGUACUGCCACUGCACGACCUGUCAGCGGAUGCACGGGUGGGCCGCCAUCUUCCACAAGACGGACGUCAACUUCACCCGCGGCCACCACGACCUCGGCUGGUACGAUCCGACGGCCAGGUCGACGACGCACCACCUGCCGUGCAAGGUGCAGUGCGCCUACUGCCGCACGCCCGUCAUGGACGAGGGCCGCAACAUGAUCCUGCUGUUCCCCACGCUGAUCGAGGGCAUCAACACGCCCGCGGGCCGGGCGGCCUUCCAGCCGCAGUGCCACAUGUUCUACCCGCAGCGCGUGGUCGACAUCAGGGACGGGCUGCCCAAGUUCAAGGGCCUGUCUGACCAGAGUCCGCUGGUGGACGAGGAGACCGGGGAGGAGAUCCCGGGGAGCGGGCCGAAGGAGGAGGAGGAGGGGAAAUGA